AUGAGCGAUAAUAGAACUAAUUUAGCUGCCAUUGCUUACUAAAACAUGUAACCAUUAUCCAAUUCUCCAAUGCCCAUGCCCUCAAUUUAAGCUCCAUCAUAAACUUACAAGCUUUCACCCCUACAUUAGAAAUCUCACUCUUAAAAGAUCUCUUUUAUCUAAAAUGAAUAUUUUGGAAAAAUUGGGUGGGGUGUAAAAAGUCCAAAUCUUAAUUCAUCUCCACUAAGAGUCGUUAUUGAUGAUUAGCCACACAAGCAAUUUUUUGAUAGAGAGAGAAAUAAUAUGUUCACAAAAGUGCAGGGAGUGUUCUCAAACCACGUGGACAAAAAGCUUGGAAUAAGUUUGGAGGCGUUCCACAAUCUAGACAUGCGAAGUCUGAGAAUCUUAAUAAAAUAAAAAGUCUGGCAACAAUAAAAUAAAAUGAAGCAUGUAUUUUUGAACAAGAGUCAGAGCAGAUCUCAGACUACUGGAGGCAAAUUGACUUAUGACGACGGUAAAAAGGGCACAUUUAAUUAUGCAAGUUCCAACUAUGCCAAUGGCUCUAUAAUAAGGACUCCAAAUGCUCAAGACAAAGCUGACAUCAACAAUGAUCUAGUAUCGCCUAAUAUGAUGAGUUCCUUUUUAGACAAAAGUUUAAAUUACCCCAAUAAUACGAGAGCAUCAAUCAAAGAAGUAAAUGCUGAUUAGGAGAAUGAUUCCUAUCUAUUAUCUUCACCCCUAGGUCAUUUGCCAAAAAACACAUCAAUCAACACAAAGUAUCGGAUGCAUUCAGUAGAUUAAGUUAACUAAUUGAACUUUGAAAAUGAGUCUGAGAUUAAUCAAAGCAAGGUAAAGUGCCCCAAACUUAUGAAAAUGAUAGAUUCUUAAUCAAAGAAACUUCAGGAGAUGAAAACCCAAAGCUUAAAGAAGAAGAAAUUCUAUGAUAACUAGCAUCGCUAAGUCCUUCACAGAUCUAAUAACGUAUCAAUCGAUUAUUAUGACUCAAAGCCAACUUAAUAUACUUAACAAUUCGUCAGUUUCUCUAAAACCUAAGAGAGCCAUAAUCCUCUACCUUCACUAAAAAAUAACAAUAGCAUCAAUCAUAGCAACGCAAAUAGCAAUAGCAUUCAAUAUAGAUCUAAGUAGGUCAAUAAAAGUGGUGAUCCAAGUGUAGAUUUUAGGAUACAACAGCAGAGAUAAAUUCCACAUUAAAUGAUAAAUAGCAUGGUUAGUAAUCCAUAUAAUCAAGUGAGUGCCACUCAAGAUACUAAAAGUUUGAAGAAAAUUUUGCAUGAAACAUCAAAUCAGAACUCUUAAGCCACGAAUAUAAGUCAUUCAUUCCUAAACAACUCAACUUAGAGAGAUAUGUAUGAGAUCUCUAGAGUAUCAUCAAAGGUUAAUCAUUUUGGGUCACUUCAUGAAAUUCAAGAUGAAGAAAUGGAAGGCUUUUAAAGUUGA